GACUGCCUCAGUCCUUUCGCGCAGAAAGAGAUCCCGAGCUGGUUUGGUGGGAGCGGGCGGCCGCAUCCCUCUUCUCUCCUGCUUCCCCGAAGCUGCAGCAGGAGCUGGCUCAGACACCCUGCGGGUGGUCUCCGAUGCCCGUCAGUGAGGAGGGGGCGUCAGAACCCUGGUGAGCGCAUCUCAGCCUCCCCACCCGCCAGAUCUGUCUUCGCCGGCCCCCCAGGCCCUCACACCCCAGUCUGGCUGCCAUGGCCGAAAACGCAGAGGGAGACCUGAACUCCAACCUGCUGCACGCCCCCUACCAAACCGGGGAUCCUCAGCUAGACACGGCCAUCGGGCAGUGGCUCCGUUGGGAUAAGAAUCCAAAAACGAAAGAGCAGAUUGAAAAUCUGUUACGGAAUGGGAUGAACAAGGAACUGCGAGAUCGUCUUUGUUGCCGAAUGACUUUUGGGACUGCAGGACUUCGUUCUGCUAUGGGGGCAGGAUUUUGCUAUAUUAAUGACCUUACAGUAAUACAGUCAACACAGGGAAUGUACAAAUACCUUGAAAGAUGUUUCUCAGACUUCAAGCAGAGAGGCUUUGUUGUUGGGUAUGACACCCGAGGUCAAGUAACUAGCAGCUGCAGCAGCCAGAGACUUGCUAAACUCACUGCUGCAGUCUUACUGGCCAAAGAUGUUCCUGUGUACCUUUUUUCAAGAUAUGUUCCUACACCUUUUGUACCAUAUGCAGUCCAGGAGCUCAAAGCAGUUGCAGGUGUGAUGAUUACUGCUUCUCAUAACCGCAAAGAAGACAAUGGAUACAAGGUUUAUUGGGAAACUGGUGCUCAGAUCACAUCUCCUCACGAUAAAGAAAUUCUGAAAUGUAUAGAAGAAUGUGUGGAACCUUGGAAUGGUUCCUGGAAUGAUAAUUUAGUGGAUACCAGCCCACUGAAGAGAGAUCCUCUACAGGACAUUUGCAGAAGAUACAUGGAAGAUCUUAAAAAGAUCUGUUUUCACAGGGAAUUAAACUCAAAGACUACCUUGAAAUUCGUACAUACAUCUUUUCAUGGAGUCGGACAUGACUAUGUGCAGCUGGCUUUUCAAGUGUUUGGUUUUAAGCCUCCAAUUCCAGUACCAGAACAAAAAGAUCCUGAUCCAGACUUUUCUACUGUUAAAUGUCCAAAUCCUGAAGAAGGAGAAUCUGUGCUGGAACUUUCUUUGAGACUGGCAGAGAAAGAACAUGCCCGCGUAGUGCUAGCCACAGAUCCUGAUGCAGACCGACUAGCAGUGGCAGAACUUCAGGAGAAUGGUCAUUGGAAAGUUUUCACAGGGAAUGAGUUGGCAGCUUUGUUUGGGUGGUGGAUGUUUGAUUGCUGGAAGAAAAAUAAAUCAAGAAAUGCUGAUGUGAAGAACGUUUAUAUGUUAGCCACCACAGUCUCUUCCAAAAUUUUGAAGGCAAUUGCACUUAAAGAAGGAUUUCAUUUUGAAGAAACAUUACCAGGUUUUAAAUGGAUUGGAAGUCGGAUAAAAGACCUCCUGGCAAAUGGAAAAGAAGUCCUUUUUGCAUUUGAGGAGUCAAUUGGUUUUCUAUGUGGCACUUCGGUUUUGGAUAAAGAUGGGGUGAGUGCAGCUGUAGUUGCUGCCGAGAUGGCAGCUUACCUGGAAACCAAGAAUAUAACAUUGAAACAGCAACUGAUCAAGGUUUAUGAAAAGUAUGGUUAUCAUAUUUCAAAAACUUCAUAUUUCUUGUGUUAUGAUCCAACCACCAUCAAAAGUAUAUUUGAAAGGCUUCGCAAUUUUGAUUCUCCAAAAGAAUAUCCAAAGUUCUGUGGGACAUUUGCUAUAUUGUAUAUACGGGAUGUUACCACUGGCUAUGACAGCAGCCAGCCUAAUAAAAAAUCAGUGCUGCCUGUGAGUAAAAACAGCCAAAUGAUUACAUUUACUUUUCAAAAUGGCUGUGUUGCUACUCUUCGGACAAGCGGGACAGAACCAAAGAUAAAGUAUUAUGCGGAGAUGUGUGCAUCACCUGAGCAAAGUGACACUGCCUUACUAGAAGAGGAAUUGAGGAAACUCAUCGAAGAUUUGAUUGAGAAUUUCCUUGAGCCCAGUAAAAAUGGACUGAUCUGGCGUACUGUUUAGUACACGCAAGUACAUCAUCACUUUGCAGUGGCACAUGAAACAGAAUAGCCAAGAACUCCAUGCGUUGAAGUCGUAUUAGCGUUCUCUAUCUUAUCUUCUGGCCAAGUACUUUUUACUUUUAUUUUCUUUCUUUUUGGUUGGCUGACUAAACCAACUGUAUAAAUUUGAAAUGAAAUGGUCCAGAGAGAAAGGCAUCAAAUUUUUUCAUAAUCUUGAAUGAAAGUCAUUGCAUUAAAAGUAUUAUAAUAACACAUUAUUCUUCCUUCAACAGAAAAGAAAACCAAUACAUAAGUGAAUUUUCUUAUUAAAGUGUGAUUAAGCUUAGUUCCAUAUUGUAAUUGUGUAUAGCACGGUUUUUAAAAAAAGGCAAAUAAAUGUUAUAUAGUUGUAGAGUUAGUUAAGGAAAUUAAUCUAUAAAAUUGACAAGAAAAUGGCAUUGUUCCCAGAAUACUGUGGAAAAGUGUCAUUAUUACAUCACAGGUAUUAACUUACAAAGUAGAGUAUUUGAAAUCGGGUAUUAGCAUUUCUAGUUUAGAGAUUACAAUAUGUAAUCCACAAUAUGUGGUUUCAGGUGCUUUUGGUGCAGUGUAAAUUUCUUGUAUGUAUUUAAAAUUCUGACAUUUACCGAAUGUAAAACAAUAGUGGCAAUGCUCCUAGUGGCUUCGUUCUUGUCAGAUUUCUUAGUGCCUUCUCAGGAUAUGGUAUGAAUUAAAACAGUGUUCCUCCAUUGAAUAUAAUUUAAUCAUUUCGUUUUCAGACAGUUAAGGAAAAUCUUUCAAAUGAUGUAGGUGCUUCCACUCUAUAUCAAAUAGAUUUGCCCUUUUAGAAAGCUUAUGAAUGUAAAUAAAAAUCUUUAAAAAAGCAGUCUCAAUGUAACUAAAGGAUCUUCUUAUGAGAAUUAAAUGUCAAUAACCACAGCCUUCAGGCAAAGAAGAAAAUCUGAACCAAAAAAGGAGCUCUUAAUUUAUUUAAAAGCCUAACUUUGGAAUUACAUUUUUAUAAGUAGAUUUAUUCCUUUAUCAGAUGAAGUAAUGCUAAUUUUACUAAGAAAUAAAAUAUCCAGAUUUUAGGUGUUAUGAAACACUAAAACUAUAUAUGUUUUAAAACUGAAGUCCAAUUUAUUCUGUCAUCUUGCUGCCUACUGUAGAAUUUCUGAUCUCCAGAGUACUAUUUAUCUUUUUCAACAUGGAAAAAAUUUUUGCAUAUUUUUUUUCAAGUAGGCUCCAUGCCCAGUGUAAAGCCUACUGCAGGGCUUGAACUCAUGACUCUGAGAUCAAGACCUGAGCUGAGACCCGGAGUCAGAGGCUUAACUGACUGAGCCACCCAGGCACCCCUCAAUGUGGAAAAAAAAAUUGGAAGGUCACUUUUGGUUGAUUCUCCAGUAUUCUAAAGAAAUCUUAGUAGAGAAGUACUAUUUAAAAAAAAAAAAAGAAGUACUAUUUAAUCUUCUUAAAAUGUAUCCUGUCCUAUACAACUCACAAAAUAUUUAAACUCAUGUGGUAACAAAACAAGGCCUUGGGUGUAAUUAUACUAAACAAAUUGCUAGUGGGAUAUAACUGGUAUUAGAGUAUUUAUUUCCUAAAAAAAUAGUAUAAAAUUUAAACUGAUUAGAAUACUUAGUAAAUAAUGGUAUGGUUUGUUGUAGCUACCAGCUAACAUUUGGUUGAAACCAUAGAAUGCAAAUAUAAUUUUCAAAUUCUUGUAUUGCCACUAUUGUUAAUUUGUUCCUUCCUUUCCUAUAGCUAGAUCUUGUAUGACUGUAGAUAAUAGACAACUAGGUAAAUGUAGGGGACAGCAUACUUCUGAAUGACUUUGUUUUUCAAAGACUUUGUACUGAAAAAGAAAUGUGCAGAUUUUUUUUGUUUUAUUUGCUUUUGGGAAUGUAGAAUGUAAUUUAGGAGAUGGCCUAUGUUCUACCAAGUAGUGUGAACAACGCUGUAUAUAUGAAAAAUAUGUAUAUUUGGCUUUAGUAUCUGUGUUUCAGUGACUAAAGAACAAAGUGGAGCGAAAAUAGUAUAAUAGUUCAUUCAGGGAUCCCUGGGUGGCGCAGCGGUUUGGCGCCUGCCUUUGGCCCAGGGCACGAUCCUAGAGACCCGGGAUCGAAUCCCACGUCGGGCUCCCAGUGCAUGGAGCCUGCUUCUCCUUCUGCCUAUGUCUCUGCCUCUCUCUCUUUCUCUCUCUGUGACUAUCAUAAAUUAAAAAAAAAAAAAAUUAAAAAAAAAGAAGCAUUUAAAAAAAAAAUAGUUCAUUCAUAAUCACUAAAGCCAUGUCAUGAUUGUCAUUCUAUUAUAAAGAGAACAGUUUCGAGUGCUUUAAUAUAAUGCAACAUUUAAGUCAUCUUAAAGUGAAAAGUUAUUAAAACUUAGAAUCUUAUCUCAAAUAUUUAAAAAUCCAAAGUUAAAAUCAACAAAAUGUUACAGAUGUUCCUGAAGUGUAUAGAUUAAGGGAAUUACUUGAUUGUAGCCAAGCUCUCAAGUCUGUAUUAGCAUAAUCUUUGACAUGAACUUGACAUAGUGGUGUACAGUUGCCUCACAGGAUAAUUUUAGUAACCCAAGGCAACCAGGAAAGACGGAAGUCCUGGACUAUAUGUCUCAGCCUUGGGCUCUACAUUGUUUUGCUUUUUCUUUAUCAACAGUACCAUGAAAAUGAAUCCAUUUUCAUUGAGUGUGUAGAUCAAAACUGGGCUUUUCUAGAGUUUUGAAUAAAAGGAAUGAGUUAUUGGGGCAAAGUCAAAGCAUACACUGAAAAUAAGCAAUAGAAAUAAACAAUAGGUCACUAAGAUGGCACAGGAAAUGAUUCUCAUGAAGGGCAAACUUAUCUUUCUUAAAGCUGGGAAUAAACUGGCUGUGGGCAAGUUGUUUAGCUGUGUGUAUUUGUUAUUAUUAUGAGCAGAUAGUGAACCUUUUGUUUUCCUUUAUUAGCAACCACUAAAAAGAGGCCAAGUUUUAGGAGAGAAAAAGUACCCCUCUUACUGAUUGUUUCUGCUGGGAUGUUGUGUCUUAGGAUCAUGUGGGAACUGGGGAGGAGAGGACAUAGCAGAAAUAAAAAGGAAUACAGCACAGAUUGGAAAAUAAGACUUGUGAUAAAAAGUUCAAAGAAUUAAGACCAUUUAACUCUGGAGGAGAGAAAGCUGCUGAGAUAAUUUAAGAAGUCUUAUACUAUUAGUUGAAUCUUUUAUUAAAGGACUCAAAUUAAGAAGUAAUGUGAAAAACUGUUCUCUGUCUUCAGUGAGGACAGAAUAAAAGAGAAUAAGGACCUUUUUAAAAAACCCAAAUAACAAAUUUAAAUAUUAAGGGAUGUACUGUCUUUUAAGGGUUCCUUCCAAUACUUUUUUAAAAACUCAGGUGGGAACAAUGGCGAUGUCAUAGAGAGCACUGAAAGUAACAUUUGAGUUUCACUCCCUGUCUAGAAGAAUUUAGCUCACAAGAGAGUUUUUGUAUAUGUUGAGUAGUAGAUGCAUGAGUGAGGUCUUCAUUUGCUGUUUCAUUUGCUGCUUGGAUAUUAUUUUUAAUUUAACCUGGCAAAUUAAGUGAGACUUGAACACCAUUUUGUUCAUCUUGAAGAAUGUAUAGCAUUAUAGGAUGUCUGAGGGUUUUGUUUUAACUGUAUUGCUGCUUGGGUGUAGUAACUUCAGCAGACGGCGAGGUUCUGAGAGAUGGGACACUUUGGGAAUAUCCUUACAUAGGAAAUAGGCCUCCCGUUUCUUAAGGAGGUUGCUUCUGGAAUGGACAUUAGCUGGAGUUAAUGGAGAAGUUGUUCUAUGAACUGCUGCUAUUGGUAUUUCUUUCCGAUGUUUUCCACUGAUGUUUGUGAUGCUUGAAAAAUCCAAAUUUUGCUUGGAUAAAUUUCUUUUAUGCCUUUUUCUCUCUACCUCCCUCCUUCCCUAGGUCCCCUCCUACAUUUUAUUACUGUGAAAAGCUAUUGCUCUAUUACCUCACUGAUAAGAAAUCUGAACUGUAUUCAUUCAGAAUGCUUUAAACUUAUUCAUAACUACGUUUGUUUUUUUGACUUUUAGUUAUUUUGUUAUUAUUGUGAGAAUAUUUAAGACAUUGUAAGAAGUAAUUUUGAAUCUAUUUCAUAGCCUUUUUUGGUCCAUCUGGAUAUUACUGUAUGUUAAUUUAUUAUGGCCUUUUAUAAUUCACUUGCUUUUCUGAGAUUGCUCUAGAAACUGAUGAGGAAAGAGUCAUACUAUCACAAUGGAUGGUCAAUUGCUCUCACAUUUUAUUUCAGGUUUCCCUGUACUUGGGGCACCCAAAGCACAAAAUUUGAGAAAUAUUUUUUACAUUUGUCCCCCAGAGCAUCUGACCAUAAGCCAUAAGAAGUUCAAGUGGAAAGAAAAGAACCUUUCACUUCAAGACUUUACACAGCAUGACUUUCUUUAGUUUCAGUUGAAAAUUGAGUUAGGUUUUUUUUAACCAUUGGUUACUUGAAAAUAUUAACCACACCAUUACAUUCAUCCAACCAUAUUUUCUUUUUGUUAGUUAGUUCAAGACUCUAUACUUUAAAGAGAGGACAUACAAGAAUGAGUAAAGCGACCAAGAUAAGGGCAAAUGAUAUAUCUAAAGUUUGCUUCUCAAAUUUUUCCACCAGUGUAACCCUAAAGCAGAGGAACAUGAAUAUGUGAGGGAAGGGGCCCAAGUGAAAAAUCUGAGGCAGUCUACCACUCCUGAAAUUUCAUGUUCUGUCAUGAAAUGUUAAGUUGAAUUUUGCAUUCCACAUAAUAAAAUUCUUCCAAUAUAAAAAUGAUUCCUUCAAUUCUCAUGGAAACUGGUGCUGCCAGAAAGGAACUAUGUUUAUCACAGGGCCUCUCAAUGUUUUCUCCCUCCCUUCCUCAAUUGUUGCAUCUGCCUGGUGGUACAUACACUGACCUUAAUGUGAGAAAUAUAAACAUAGAACAUAUCUAGCCUGUUCCCUGCAUUUUAAAAGCUGAACUUUGAAAGUAUUACUGCCAAAUUAAAUUGACCUGAAACAGUUAUCACUGAACCUUAUAAUAUUGUCAGAGGUGUUGGCCAUUCCGUUUUCAUUAAUUCAUUGGCAUUCCUUGACUGAGAAAGAGUAUCUGACUAUCAACUCUCUAAGAGCAGAGAUCAUUUUUUAUUAUUUUUCAUAUCCUCCCACCUCCAGUAUAGUACCUGUUAUAGAGUGCUUGGAUGGUAAUGAUAGGAAUUAGGGGAUUGUAUUUUAAAGAAGCUAAUUGUUUAAGAAACAGUCAAACUGUUAAUUUUCUGAUUCAGUUUUUUAAACAAUUCUCAUUACUGAAAUUUGUAAUAAAUAAUCUUAUUUAAGCACGCACACACUUAAAUAUUCUGUUUCUUUUGAGAGAUCAGAUCAUACUCCUAUUUGGAAAUUAUAUAUAAUGCCUAGUAUUUACACUCAAAGCAAGAUGUUGAUCAAGUAGGCUAAGAAAGUAUCUAUGUAGACUUAAUAUCAAGAUGUUGACCAAGUAGGCUGAAAGUAUCUAUGUAGAAUUAAUAUCACUGGUUAUAAGUGCCAUUUUGAACCUACUACCACUACCUUCCAAGUGAGUCACAACUAAUUUGGUACUAUUUGGUGUAUUUUGUUCACUGCUAUGAUUCGUCAUAUAUCUUACAAGAGGCACUCAGGCAAGAGUCUGCAUCUGUAUAUAUGGUGAGGCCUUCUUGUUUUAGGCUAAAAUAAACUUUGUAUGUGUCAUUGAAUAUACCCGAUAAAAUAUAUGCAGUUAAGAAUGAAUUAUUUUUCUUUGUAGCAGUAGAUCAAAACUGUGCCCUUGUUUUAGCAGUUUUUGUCAACAUUUUCUCAUUUUUUUCUGAUGAAAACACCAGGGUGUAUGAUAAGUACUGCCUGUGAGAAUUUGCACUUAAAGUGUUUGUGUGUGGAUUUCUUGUGGGUUUUAACCAAAUGAAGUGUUAUCAGUAAUAAACAGGCCUCUUUAUAGGCAUGAAUUUCUGUGUAUUUUUUAUUAUCUUAGUUACUGUGUGGUUCAUAAAAUUUGCUAUCCAAGUGUAACAUGUUUUUGAAAUAUAUGCAUGGUAUAUAAAACCUAGAAUCUACUUUCAGCCUAAAUGAAUAUUCUAGCUUAUUAUUUGGUGAAUAUGUAUUGAUUGGUUCAUCAGAAAUCCCAGGAGAAGGGGCACCUGGGUGGCUCAGUCGGUUGUCUGGCUCAGGUGAUGGUUCCAGAGUCCUGGGAUAGAGCCCUGAGGCAGGCUCCCUGCUCAGUGGGGAGUCUGCCUCUCCUGUCCCUCUGUCCCUCAGUCUACAAUUUCCCUCUCCCUCUGUUCCUCCCCUC